UCUCCACUCCUUUCUCUAUCUACACUACUACUCAUUUCCACAAUUCCCAAAAGGCCUUUUCAAAGUAGACUCUACUUAAUUCUCUCUGGCUCUCUUCAGCCAGAGUCUGCAGAGAGAUAGGAACCCAGAAAAAUGAAGCUCGCCGCCGGAUUUGCAAGGCCGUCCACAGUCUCAAUCACUCCGAAUAAUCUCAACGGUCACUCCAUAAUCACACAAAAAAUAAACCAGACAUCCCGCACUUGUUGCACUCUCACUGCAACACCAAGACUCGGCGAGAAGACGUUGAUCGACUUCAACAAGCAAGUUAAGAAUUGGGAACGAUUUCUCGACCCGGUUGAGCAUUACCCGAUCACUCCCCGAACCGUCAAACUCGGCCAGAGGUGGAAGGAGUAUCAAGGUAUCCGUAAUUGGGACGGAUUACUUGACCCGCUCGAUGAAAGAUUACGUGGCGAGAUCUUACGGUAUGGAGAAUUCGUUGAAGCGGCUUAUAAAUCCUUUGACUUUGAUCCUUCUUCUCCUACCUACGCCACCUGCCGGUUCCCUAAAAGUUCAUUGUUGGACCGGUCCGGUUUGCCUCAAACCGGUUACCGAAUCACUAGAAAUCUUCGCGCGACAUCCGGGAUUCAAUUGCCACGUUGGGUCGACAAGGCUCCCAGCUGGGUGGCAACUCAGUCUAGCUGGAUUGGCUACGUGGCAGUAUGUCAGGACAAGAACGAAAUUGCAAGGCUGGGCCGGAGAGACGUCGUGAUCGCCUUCCGUGGCACCGCUACGGGUCUCGAGUGGCUCGAGAAUAUCCGCGCUACUCUCAGCCCAGUCCACGAAAAUGCCCAAUCUUCCUCCGGGCAGCCCGGCCCAAUGGUGGAAAGUGGGUUCCUCAGCCUGUACAACUCCAGCACAGCCACGUCUCCGAGUUUAAGAGACCUUGUCCGCGAUGAAAUUAAGCGUCUUCUCCAAUCCUACGGCAAUGAGCCUCUCAGUAUAACUAUUACCGGCCAUAGUCUCGGAGCUGCUCUCGCGACACUCGCGGCGCAUGAUAUCAAGACUGAAUUCAAACGUGCGCCUCUCGUAACUGUCAUCUCCUUCGGCGGUCCACGUGUAGGAAACCGUUGCUUCAGGCGUCAAUUAGAGAAACAAGGCACAAAAGUUCUACGAAUAGUGAACGACGACGAUCUCAUAACUAAAGUUCCUGGGUUCGUGAUCGACGACGACAUGUCAAAAAAUAGAGACGUACACGUGACAGGGCUUCCCAGCUGGAUCCGAAAACGGGUGGAGGACACACAGUGGGUGUAUGCCGAGGUUGGAAGAGAGCUUCGGCUGAGAAGCAAAGACUCACCGCACCUGAAAAGCGUGAACGUCGCCACAUGUCACGAGCUGAAGACCUACCUUCAUUUAGUAAAUGGAUUUGUGAGUUCCACGUGUCCUUUUAGGGACACCGUCCAAGGUGUCCUCAAUAUCAAAUGAGAACUAGCCAAUAGCUAUCUAGGGUUCAGAGUCAGGUCAGACAACUUUGUACAUUGAGAUUAUUUCGUUCCGUACAUUUUUUGUAUUGUACGGUUGACAACAACUCACUCUAUUGUAGAUAGAGGAAGUCAAUGCCUUCCUGCCAAUUGCAAAGGUGUGACAGGUGUCCAAGAAAAUAUUAGUUUAAUUGGAUUUUCUUCAUUGUUAUGAAAA